AUGGUGAACGUGGACGAACUCUUAUCUUCCUUGAUCUCAGACAUUCAUUCCUAUACGGACAAAGACCCUCUUCUUCCAUGGCUUCGCGCGAUCCGAAAGAUAAAGGAUUCUCUUCCUCCCAAAACCCUGAUGGAAAAACUACCCGCGUUCUUGCAGAAAUGCGCCCACACCUUCGAGCUCGAUCGACGUUACAGAAACGACACGCGCUACCUUCGAGUGUGGCUCCAUCUGAUGGAUUUUGUGAAUGAUCCAAAAACACUUUUGAGAACCAUGGAGGUUAAUGACAUUGGGACAAAACGUUGUGAAUUCUACCAAGCGUAUGCUCUUUACUACGAAAAGAGCAGGAAGUACGAUGAAGCAGAGAGAAUGUACCAUCUGGGAGUGAAGAACCUUGCAGAGCCUCUAGAUAAAUUGCAUAAAUCAUAUGAACAAUUUCUUCAACGCAUGCAGCAGCGAAAAAAUAGUAAGAAAAUCCAGCAUCAGGAAGCAAAAGCUGCCAGGAGGCCUUUGUCUUCGAAGAGUUCUCUUGACAACAAGACUGAGGGAACCAAAAGCAAUGGAGCAUGUCGUGUUGAGGGUGUGCGAAAGGAUCUCCAAAUUCAGAAUUAUGCAGCUCAAGAUGUAGCUGAUGAUAAACACUUACAGACUAAUAAGGAGUGCAAGAAAUUUGGUGGUGAUGAUACAGUUGUAGUAAAAUUUGUUGACACUGCCAUGGUUGGAAAGUCUGAAGCAGAAGAUGCAUGCCAUCAUGGGUUGGUGGAUCCUACAAUAAAUAUGAAGGAGGCCAUGAAUGCCAUCAACAGCAUGUUCCGGGAGCCAUUGGAGACUGUUCCAUUAGGCAGGAAAUCACAUAAAAACCAUUCAAAAGAAAAUCACAGAACAAAGAACGAGUUUGAGAUUUUUGUUGAAAACUUAGAUCAUGGAAUCAAACCAUCCGGUUCUUUAUCACUUCAGAAAAGGACUGAAGCUAGCCAACCUCACCAAGAACCGCUCCAGAUAUACAUUGAUGAUGAAGAAAAUUCUGAGAGCAAUAAUGCGAAUAUAUCUGAAGGUGGUUCUAUUUCAUCGGCUUCACAACCAGAUGACUUUGUUUUUCUCCGCCCCAAGGACAUCCCUUCUGAAAAAUCUAGUGACAUGGAUGCUGACAGUUCUCGUAAUUCAAAAUUCAGAGAGGAUACAGUUGUUUGCAGAUUUGUUGGUUCCACCAUUUUGGAUGAGCCAGAGGUGGAAAAUGUUUGCCACCACGGUUUAGUAGAUCCCACCAUCAACUUGAAGGAAGCUAUGGAUGAUAUAAAUAACAUGUUUGGGAAGCCAAUCGAUUUUGUUAGGAAAAGAAGAACCAUCAAGCAGGAGAAAGCACCCCAGAGCAGUAGGGGAAAUGACUUUGGUGGGUUUUCAAUCCUUGCUGAUGAUCACCACGUGGAACAACCAGUUCGACCACCACCAAAAUUGCCAGGAAAGUCCAAGGAAUCUGAUUUGUUUGAGCCAACUCUCCUCACGAAGGAAGCCAUGGACGAUAUAAACAAAAUGUUUAACAUGCCCCUGGAUUUUUAG